GCCAUGCAGCCUUGCGAGCGUGUCCGAUUCGCAGUUGUCAGUGGUCGCCAUGCUGAUAUGCAUAUCUCCUCUACCACAGCACAGUCCCACGGAAAUGCCAACUCCACCAGCAAUCCGCAGAUGACCGAAAGGGUAUGUGUGCAACUUUCAUUGGGCUUGGCCAGUAUCGAACCAAGGCCUUAGUAGGCUUGGAACGUCGCAACACUCCACAGAUCAUCCACAGAGUUUGCACCGUCGCAGUGCUUGUAGCACAAUGCUUGUCUCGUGAUACUGCCUGCAAAUGAAGUAGCAGGAGUACGGCGUAGCUCCUGUCACCGCCCGUAUCACGCACUCGUGGUAUCCCGUCGUAUCCUGUAGGAGGUAGCGCGGGCUGAUGAGACGAGACGCGAUUGUCCGUCGAUUACCUAGGUACUGAUACAUGUACCCUUAGACGCGAAGCAGAUCACUUGUCCGGUCUUAUCACGUAUAAGAAUACCUACUAGGAGGUAUUAGGUAGAAGAAGGUCGGACCGUGACGGAAUCAUACUACUAC